AUGCGGAUGAAUAUCAGAUUAAAAAUCAUGGAUCAAACAGAUCAUCCGUUCGAAGUGGACGACCAGACUUUGCUGUCGGACUUCCGUCUACAAGUUGCUGAACGCCUUCACAUUCCUCCCGAUCGUCAGCGUAUGAUUUUUGCCGGUCAUGUUUUGAAGAAUGAAAACAGCACCUUAUCCGCAUGCGGAUUACGGGAUGGCCACGUUGUGCAUCUAGUGGAGCGCCCAGCAAAUGUGCCCUUCCCUCCAACUCAGAGUGAACAAAGUGAUACUGGAAGUCAUGUUCACCACCAUCAGCAUGGUCGUUUCUUCCAAAACAUGUUUGGUCCGUACAGGAAUGAGCGAGAACGUAUCACGUAUGUGGUUCCUUUCGAAAGAAGUGGAAUUCUGAUCGACAACGCUCGUAUUGAGGAGUUUGUUCGUUCAACAAUUAGCAAUGUGCCCUAUCUUACGCAAGAUCAGAUCAACCGCUUUAGUAUACGUUGGGAAAACGACCAAACUCUUCAUAUAUCUCUUCCUACGCAAAGGAAUCCCCAUAUCGCUUCGCCUGCCCUUGAGCGUGUCUCGCUCAUUGGAACACUGCUCGACCAGGUUUCUCGUUUUCGCAGUAUCGUCGAGGCUGAAGAUGGAAUAGCGGAUAGAAUUGACGAAUUUCUCGAAGCAUCGCACGUUUACGAUCCAGGAAACACAGCCGUUAUGAACGAGCAGGUUCGAACUGUAGCUCUCUCCUUAGAGCGCGAGUCAGUGUCUCGAUCACGUCUUAUAGAUGCUUAUGGAAGUGAAGACGCAGGUGAAGAUGAGUCAGAUGAACAUGCAGCUCGUUACCAAACAGUCGCCGAAUCUGAUGGAAGUCCUGGUUACGUGAUGAGGCAUGCCAUCACUCAGGAUUUGGUAGACAUAUUAAGAAGGUUGAGGAACGAAGAGGACGCACUUCGCCCACAUUUGAUUCGCUUCGAGCGGAUACUGAACUCACGUAUACUUUACAACAUAGACGAUGCUGAGCAUACUGACACCGACUAUCGCGCGAACUUUUUCACUGUCUACAUGGAGCACGUGCAAAGGGUGGUACAUCGAUUAUCUCACGCAUGGCACCUUACAAGUGAUCUUAGUGUUUACUUGCACACCCCGAUGCCUAGACGGCUCCUACCAAAUUACCAGCAGUUUCGGCUAUUACCUCCCACUGAGGGGGAAAUAGUGUUGGAGUUUCAUCCAACUCAAGGAUCUGCUGCCAGCGAAGCUACUUCCAGUGAACCUUCAUGGAGGUUUUUGGAUUUCCCUCCACCAGGUGUGGACGUGCAAGAGCUGUCUAGUGGUGAAGUUCGAAUAAUGGGGAUGAAUCCA